AUGUCGUACCCGAUUCUUCAAGCCAACCUACCUCCGGCGACGCCGCAGAAACCCCUACCGGGAGCUUACCUGCAAACGCCAGCUGUGCCUCGAAAUGGUCCCAGGUCCCCUCCACAGCAGCAGCUGCAAUCACAGACUCUUCAAAGUCCACCUCAGAUGCUCCCUAAGCUUCCCCCAAUCGCCGCGACACAAAACCGGAAUCUGAGCACACAAGAGCGAGGAGCGCGUACAAUCAACGAGUCUCUCUUUCAAGAAUCGCGAUACCCAGAUCUGGACAGCUAUCUAUCACAGGGAUUCUCAUCUGAGUAUGACCUCCCCACGUCGCCGUCAUGGGCACCAUUUCAAAAAGUGAAAAUGUACAACAUUCCCGACCAGAUUUUCGAUCAGUACAAUCGCGCUCAAGUGUCGACAAGCAUGGGACUUUUUGCUGAGCUGCAACACGCGUGGGUGGCCAUCGACAACGCGCUCUACUUGUGGGACUUUACACACCCGAACCCUCAAUUGGUUGGAUUCGAGGACCAGCCAAAUAGCAUUAACACAGUUAAGCUUGUUAAGCCUCGUGCAGGAGUGUUUUUGCCGGCAAUUACUCAUUUGCUCGUGGUGUCAACAACAGCCGAAUUGAUUUUGUUAGGUAUGGGCGUGGAAACCACUUCGACGGGCGGGCGGCAGGUCACUCUGUAUUCGACCGGGAUGGCAGUUCCGAUUCGGGGUCUGGAUAUCCAUGUCUUUGCGUCCUUUGACUCGACUGGUCGGAUCUUUUUCGGUGGUUCGUCCGAUAACGAUGUUUACGAAUUGACAUACCAACAAGAGGAACGGUGGUUCCAGGGUCGAUGCGGAAAGGUCAAUCACACCAGCUCCCGCCUAGCAGCAUUUACACCAUCGUUGAGCUUGACGAACUUGGCGAAAGUGGCCAUGGAAAAUGUGGAACAGAUGGUCAUUGAUGACAGCCGAAACCUUCUCUAUACUUUGUCUUCGACCUCCACAAUUCGAGUCUUCCACCUGAAGCCUGACGGUUCUCUCUCCCUGGCUAUCACCAAGCAUGCUCUGGACAUUUACUCGAAUAUCGGACAUAUCAUCGCAUCCAACCAAACUCUCAAUCCUAAGAUCCCAAUCGUUUCUAUCAGUCCCGUCCCUGCCGCUGAAGCCUCUCGCUAUCACCUUGUUGCGACAACGGCCACCGGUUAUCGCAUCUAUCUUAGUGCGACUGGUUCAUACAGCUGGUCCCCCAUGCCGAACGGUACAACUGCACCUACCAGCAUGCAAGCCCAGCACAUCAAGACCCCACCCGUGGAUCUUCCUAGUGAUUUCGGGCUGCCUCGCUUCCAGCAGCCUGGUGGCAAGCUUGCGAUUCACACUUUGGAGCCCACGCGCAUGGCAGCCCGGUUCCCGCCUGGAUAUUUCUUCUGCUUCGCAACCAAGGAUGCUGCGCAGAAGUCCGAUACCCUGUUCAUCUCAUCCCCGGAUUCUGGCAAAGUUGCCAGGGCCCAGGAUAAUGUUUUGACAGGGAAAACAGGCGAGUCUGCCAUUUGGAUGAACCUGGGCGGCCGAGCGGAGGCCAUCGGUCUCUGCACCCCACCUCCGCCAAGCUCUUCAGGCUUUGGCAAUGAGCUGGCCAUCCAAUUUGAUCACCCCGCUGCUGAGGUUGCUAUUCUGACAAGUACGGGUAUUCACGUCAUUCGACGGCGACGCCUGGUAGACAUCUUUGCGUCAUUGGUUCGUGGUGGUACCGGAGAAGAAGGUUUAGACGGCGAGGCUAAAAACUUCAUUCGCACAUACGGUCGACCGGAGGCUCUGGCCACCGCUCUUGCCGUGGCUUGCGGACAAGGCGUGGAGAUUUCCUCAGACCAGCGACUCACCCAGAUUAAUGACCCAGAUGUCCUGGAGUUUGCUCGCAAAGUCUUCAUUGACUUUGGUGGUCGUCCCGCGAUCAAUGAGAACAUUGUGGCUGAUAGCACCACUCCUACAAUUGACCUCGUCGAGCCGUCCCCUCGACAUGCCGGUAUCUCCCUAUACCUCUCCCGCUUGUUGCGAUCUAUCUGGAAGAAGGAAAUCGCCCAGGUUGGCAAGGGACCAAAUGGCGCCAUGACUGUCUCUGCCUCUGUGGCUGCUUGCAAGCUGCAAAGCAUCCAGCAUGAUCUCUCGGCCCUUCAGCGGUUUUUCAAGACCAAUAAGAGCUUUAUUGAAGGUCUCAGUGGACCCGAGGCUCUUGCACGAGCGGCCACCAAGCAAGAAGAGACCGCGCUCCAGGGUGAGCACCGUGCUCUGCACUCACUUGUUGAACUAGUCUCGCACACCAUUGAAGGAAUCUCAUUUGUGCUUGUCCUUUUUGAUGAGCGGGUGGAUGAGAUAGUGGCUACCCUUCCCGAGGAGUCCAAAGAAAAGUUCUUGAAGCUCACUUACGAGGAGCUCUUUAGUACCAGCAAGGGCAAUGAAGUUGCCAAGGAGCUAGUCAAGAGUAUUGUGAACCGCAACAUUGCCAAGGGGUCGAAUGUUGAAACCGUAGCCGAUGCUUUGCGGCGCCGAUGCGGCAGCUUCUGCAGUGCGGAAGAUGUGGUUAUUUUCAAGGCCCAGGAACUUCUCAAGCGGGCCACCGAGGCCGGAGCCAACUCCGAGUUAGGGCGCAAUCUCCUGAAUGAGAGUUUGAACCUGUUCCGACAGGUGGCUGAUAACCUUCCCAUGGACUAUCUGGUUUCUGCCGUGGAGAACUACAUCGGAAAUCAAUUCUUCGCUGGUGCAAUUACACUGGCGCUUAAUGUUGCUGGUCGCUGCGACAAGGCGAACCUCGCACUUUCCUGGAUUAUGGAUGGACGUCCCGAAGAAGUACAGCCUCCUCCUGGAUAUUACACCGUUCACCAACUUACCCCUAUACAGGACCCUCGGAAAUCCAUCUAUUUGUUCCGCAAGCAGUGUUAUGACCUUGUCUUCAAUGUCAUAGUUGCAGUUGAUACAUUGGCCGCAGCCGACCCCGGAUACAUUGAUGGACAAAUCACCCAGAUCGCUAAGCGCAAAAACGAGGCACAUGCCGUUAUUUCUGACACUCACGACGAGGUCUUCCUGACUAGCCUUUAUGACUGGUACCUGGAGCAAGGGUGGAAUGAUCGUCUAUUGCAGACCUCGUCUCAAUUUGUGGUCACUUACCUGGAAAGAAAGUCCACUGACGACAUUGCUCAUGCCGAUCUGCUGUGGCGUUACUAUGCCCAGUCCGAGCGAUAUUUCGAGGCUGCCAAGGUACAGUUCCAACUCGCUCAGAGUGCAUUCAAUCUUCCUCUUAGCCGCCGCAUUGAGUACUUGGGCCGAGCCCGUGCCAACGCAUCCGCUUUCACACAUGAUGUGGGCCGUCAGUCACGGCAACGCCUGGUGCAAGAGAUUUCCUCUCUGAUCGAUGUCGCCAACAUCCAAGACGAUCUUCUGCAGCGCCUGAAGGAUGAUGAACGGAUUUCACUGGAUCGUAGGAAUGAAGUCCUGACUGAUGUGGAUGGUCCCGUCAUGGACAUUAGUACACUCUUCAACAAAUAUGCCGACUCCGCUAGUUACUAUGACAUCUGUCUGCAGAUCUUCUUCCUGGCGGAUUACCGCAAUGCGGCCGACAUCAAGGCGACUUGGCAGCACCUCAUUCAAGAUACACACACCCAAACAGUGGAACGGGGCUCCCCACAACCCUAUGAAGCUGUUGUCGAGAAAGUUCGGAGCCUUGGCAGUCGGCUCCGCAUGUCGGAGACGGUAUUCCCGGUGCGCGAACUGGUCCCCUUGCUCGAACGCUAUUCGCUAGAGCACCAGCGCCACGUUGGACCUGAGCACUGGAUUGUCGAUCUCUUCCUGGAUCUGGGAGUCCCACACGAGUCCAUUUAUGCGGUCCUGGAGACCAUGUACUACACCGACGAGGCUCCAUUCCAGGGCACUUACCGCCGUUUCAUCGCCACUGAUCUAAUUUAUCUACUGCAAGGGUGGUUCCAUGAGACCAUGCGACUAGGCGGCAUGGUGUUUGGAUCGGAUGUGGUUGCCGAGCGCGUCUCCGAGACUCUGGUAUUGCUGCAGCAGGGAGCGGGUAAUGGUCCUGAUAUUGUGGAAAACAGUCGGAACCUGCAGCGAAGGAUCGCGGAACUACUGAACUAA